ACUUCACGGAACUACUUAGCGAUAAGGAAGAUUACAAUGUUAUCAUUGAGGCUGGUACAGAAUUAAAUAAGAAAUCUUUUACUGCGCAUUCGGCUGUACUACGAUACAGGUCAUCUUAUUUUCGUAAAGAGCUGACUAAUAUUGUUGCAAAUGAGAAAAAUAUCAAAACUAUCGUAAAGUCCA